CCUCUACUCGGCCUGAUGCCUCUACUCGGCCUGAUGCCUGUACUCGGCCUGAUGCCUGUACUCGGCCUGAUGCCUGCCAGUUGACUCGAUGCCCGCUGUUGAUCCAGAUGAUCCGGUACCUGAUCCGGUGCCCGCUGUCGUGCCAAUUGACUCAGAGCCCGCUGUCGUACCUGGUGACUCGGUGCCCACUGCCUUGCCAGAUGACGCGGUGCCCGCUGUCGAGCCAAAUGACCUGAUGCUUGGUGACCCGAUGCCCGCUGUCCAGCCAGACCAUCCAAUGUCUGACCCAGUGCCUGCGGUCAUACCAGUUGACUCGGAGCCCACUGUCGUGCCUGGUGUCUCGGUGCCCGCCGCUCCGCCUGGGGGCCCGAGACCUGUUGCUCCGCUUGGGGGGUCCAGCGCCCGCCGCUCCGCCUGGGGGAUCCGGCGCCCGCCUGCCCCGCCUGGGGGCCCGAGACCUGUCGCUCCGCCUGAGGGCCCGAGACCUGUCGCCCCGCCUGGGGGUCCGAUGCCUGUCGCCCCUCCUGGGGGCCCGAUGCCUGUCGCCCCGCCUGGGGGCUCGGUGCCUGCCGCCCCGCCCGGGGGCCGGUGCCUGCCGCCCCGCCCGGGGGCCCGGUGCCUGCCGCCCCGCCCGGGGGCCGGUGCCUGCCGAUCCGCCCGGGGGCCCCGGUGCCUG